AUGGAGGCCGACAACACAGACGACAUAGAGUCCCUCAUGGAGGACAUGGACUAUAUCCCCGGACACUUCCACCUGAAGCUCAGUCUGAACUGUGAUCCUGUCGGGCCGGUGAGGCUGCGACACAGGGACACGUAUCUGAAGCAGGAGAGCCUGCGCGGAGAGUUGGAGGCUGAAGUUGGACAUCUGCAGUACGCGGUCAGGAAUCUCCUGGGUCUGCUGGCGUUUCACCUGGAGCAGCUGGACAUGGCGGAAGAAACAUUUAGAAGUAUCUGUAGAGAAGACCCUGGGAACCUCAACGCCUGGGCCAACCUGGGCUACGUGUACGACAGGCUGGGCCGAGAGCUGGACGCAGCGGAGUGUGUGGAGAAAGUGUCCCACCUCAUGGGGCUAGAUGCUGGAGAGGCCAGUCAGGAGGAGACCAGGGUCCUGGCGGCCCGCUGCCUGGCGGAACAGGCCUACGUCCAUCCAUACGAUGUGGAGCUGGACAGCGAGGACGACCUGAGAGAGAGGCUGACCGCUGCACUGAGGCUGUACAACAAAGCCCUGGACUAUGGGGGACAACUGAUACCAAAGGAGGAAAAACGAAGCUGGUAUUUUAAAAUGGCAACCAUCUAUAUAAGACUGGACGACAUAGUAAAGACCAAAGAGGACUCAGAAUACUCCAGACACUCUCAUUUCAAUAAGGGACUGAAGCUUCUCAAUGAAACACUGAAAUCGGAGAAAAUGCAACAUAAAGCUCUGGCCUGGUGUUACAUUGGCAUCAUGUUGGAGAGGAAGGACGACUUCACCACCGUGCCCAUGUCCAUACACGACUGUGGAUACUCCGCCUCUGAUCCUCUGUCCUGCUAUGGAACCGCCAUAAACAUGGCCAGUGAUGAUGCAUUCAUCCUGAACCUUCUGGCCAAGGUGUUUUUUCUGCUGGGCAAACACGAGAUGGCCACAGGGAUCAGCAACAUGGCCUUAAAUGUGCUGCCAGAUCCAGAGCUCAACUGGCAGGCUUACUGCACCCGCGCCAAGAUCAAUAUGAUGUUCUACAUCAGGGACCUUGAGAAGGCAAAGAGUGGUCAAGGUGGAAUCCCAGACCGACAGCUGCUGACCGAGGCCAGAAAGGACUUGGACAAGGUCCUGAGUGUACGUCCAUGUCUGCGGACUCACCUCGAGAUGGCACAGGUGUACUACUACAUGGGUGUGGACGCCCUCCAGGAGAGCCUUCUGGUGGACGAGGCAGCGGUGAAUUGUGCGUUGGUGAGUCUGUCGCACGCCCUACAGUUCCAGCUGGGCGACAGCCUGCCGGACCUGCAUGUGCUCAGAGGACGCUGCCUCCACCUGAAAGGCGAGGAUCAGAACGCCGCUGACUGCUUCAAACAGGCCGUGGAGUUAGAGAGGCCAGGAAGCACCGACACCACAGCCCUGCGCUGCCUCCUGCAGGCCCUCCUGUCCGUGUUCAUGCAGGGAGGUCCUGAUCCCAGCACUGCCAUCGGCCAGCUGGAGAUGUGGGUACAAAGGGCAGAGGAGAGGUACCCCAGUGACAUUGUGAAGGCCGAGCUGAGGUGCCUUUACAGGACUCAGACGGCAGAGGUCACAGAGUUGUCCAGGGCCCUGAUCCGAGCAGGACGACUGGAUCUAGUGAAGAGGCUCCUGGAGACAAUAGUUCCCAAACAACUGGCCAAGAAGAAAACAAUUACAAGAUCUUUCUCCUUCACAUGA